CAGAUGGCAAUAAAUGCAACAUUAACAUUACAUCAUAUCCUCAGAUCAGUUUCGUUUAUCAGAAAACAAAACCUGAGCACAGCAGUCUGAGACAUGGGUUCUGUUGGCAAGGUCGUCGCCAUUGGAGCAGGAGCAAUCGGUGCUGUGGCCCUGACUCCCGUUGCUUUAGGAGCUGCAGGUUUCACCUCAGCUGGAAUAGCAGCAGGCUCCAUUGCUGCUAAAAUGAUGUCAGCUGCAGCCGUCGCAAAUGGAGGAGGAGUGGCAGCAGGGAGCAUGGUGGCUGUUUUGCAAUCAGCAGGUGCAGCCGGUCUGUCUGGAGCUGCCACUGCAGCCGUGGCCAGCGUUGGAGGAGCAGUGGGAUGGCUGACAAGCUGGCUGGUUUCACCCUCGAAAAAAGACGAAAAAACAGAAAAUGAAGAAACAGAAAGCGAAGAAGAGGAUCUGUAUAAUUAAUAUUUCCAUUCUGUUUCAGACUCUGCCCUCUGGGAGUCCACCUUCCUGGUGCAAUGAAGACUCUUUGUUAUAGUUUGUGCUUUGUCACAUGUUCAACUCUUCGUUGGCUAGGAAUGUUGUCAUUGUUAUAUGUUGAAUUGCUAACACUACUUUUUACGAUGGUGCACUAUGGCUGUUAAAGGGAAGUCCACAUAAUUAAAAAAUGCAGUAUUUGUUUAGAUAA